AUGGCUACUUCCAGAACCCUCGCCCGUUUCCUUGGGAUAGCCCUUCUCUUAGGGACUGGCCUAGCUCAAUCAUGUUGGAAAGAUACAGUAUGCAGCGGUCCAGCUGAUACUGCAUUUCCAGGACCAUGGGAGUCAAACAUAUUUGCCCCCUCCAGCAGAAUUGUCUCCCCAGAGUUCAUUCUAUCCGGCCAGAACGAGGAUAUCCUCUCUCCCUUUCCCGGGACGGCCAGUCUCUCGGGAAAUGGUUCUCAGCUGGUAAUUGACUUCGGCAUCGAGGUUGGCGGAUUGAUCACCCUCGAGUAUUCCACAACCGGGCCGGGCUCCAUCGGGAUUGCAUUCACGGAGGCUAAGAAUUGGAUUGGCGAAUGGUCAGAUUCGUCAAAUGGAGGAUUCAAAGGCCCAGAUGGGGCAAUCUACUCCACGUUCGCCACUGCUGGCAAAGGGACAUAUGUGAUGCCUGACCUCAGUCUGCGAGGGGGAUUCCGGUACAUGACGCUGUUUCUGAUUACGAAUGGAACAACUACGGUCGAUGUCACUGAUAUAUCCCUUGAAAUUGGUUUCCAACCUACAUGGUCUAAUCUAAGGGCGUAUCAAGGAUACUUUCAUAGUAAUGAUGAAUUGCUAAACAGGAUCUGGUAUAGUGGAGCAUACACCAUUCAGACCAACAGUGUCCCUGUGAAUACCGGGAGACAAGUCCCUUUCGUGGCGACGGGAUGGGCAAAUAAUGGCACUCUUGGACCUGGUGACACAAUCAUCGUGGACGGCGCAAAACGAGAUAGGGCUGUGUGGCCUGGAGAUAUGGGAAUUGCUGUCGGGACUGCCUUUUCUAGCAUUGGGGAUUUAUCAAGUGUAAAGAACGCCCUUCAAACAAUGUACAAUAACCAGAACCCCACCACGGGCGCUUUUCCGGAAGCCGGCCCUCCAUUGCUUCAGCAAGGCUCCGAUACUUACCAUAUGUGGACAAUGAUAGGAACCUACAACUACGUGCUCUAUACUAACGACACAGCAUUCUUACUGCAGAACUGGCCAAAGUAUUUGAAAGCAAUGGACUUUAUCUAUGAUAAAGUGGGAUUUAAUGGGCUUCUGAACGUCACUGGAAUUCGGGAUUGGGCUCGCUGGCAACAAGGAUUCAAUAACAAACUCAUUAGUCUCUACCACACACUCAUGACAGGUGCAAAUCUGUCAAUAUGGGUAGGCGAUGCCGCAAACCUCAGCACCAUAUGGAGUGCCCGCGCGUCGAAUCUACAGACAGCAAUCAAUACGCAUUGUUGGGACAACGACUAUGGUGCUUUCAAAGACAAUGCAACGGCCACCAAACUUCAUCCACAAGAUGCAAACAGCAUGGCCAUUCUUUUCGAUGUGGUUGAUUCCACAAAAGCUCAGAGCAUAUCUAGUAAACUACUCAAGAAUUGGGGCCCUAUUGGAGCAGUCUCGCCUGAACUUCCAGGAAACAUAUCCCCUUUCAUAUCAGGCUUCGAAAUCGCAGCGCAUUUCUCUAUCGGGCAAACAGAUCGUGCUCUCGAUCUAAUAAGGAGAUGUUGGGGGUGGUAUAUCAACAACCCAAAUGGAACACAGUCCACGGUCAUCGAGGGCUACUUGCAAAAUGCGACCUUUGGAUAUCGCUCCUCCAGGGGAUAUGAUUAUGAUGCCAGCUAUGUUUCUCACUCACACGGAUGGAGCUCUGGACCGACGGCAAGCCUCACGACAUAUGUGCUAGGUCUCAGUAUUCUCAGUCCUGCAGGGGCUACAUGGAAAUUGGCUCCGCAAUUUGGUGAUUUGUGUAGCGUGGAGGGAGGCUUUACCACGAGUUUAGGAAAAUAUCAAGCCAGCUGGCAGUUAGUGGGAGGCGGAUACACGUUGAAUUACAACAUGCCAGAAGGGACGACAGGACAAGUCAUCUUACCAUGCUUAUCGGCUGGAAAGUUUCCGAGGAUCACUGUUGAUGGGCUUCCAGUGCCGGCAGACAUGAGUGCUCAGAUUGUGGGAAGUGGCGUGGUUCUGAAGGCACGUGGAGGGAGCCAUCAAAUCGUGGUGAGAUAA